AUGGAAUGUAAUCGAAAUGUUAAAAAUGAAAAAGUAAAUAAAAUAAAAUGUUAUCGUGUAACUGGAUAUGAUAUUAAUCAUAUAUUAAUGUUGAAUGGUUUAUGUUUAGAAUUACGUUUUCAUGGUGAUAUACAAAUAAAAUCAACUAGUCAAUUUGAUCCAUAUACAAAAUGUAUUCAUAAUAAAGAAAAAGAACUAUUGAUCAAUCAUUCCACAUCUUCGGAAUUGACAACAUUAGAAAACAAUGAAACAAUUAAAUUAUCAGAUAUUAAUUUUGACUUGGAUAUUGAAAUGAAUAAACAAAUUGAACAAUUGACAAAUGAAAUAAAACCGGAAAAAUUAUCACAUACAGAAUUAUUAAGUAAACAUGCAAGAAUACAAUUACAUGAAUUACUGUCAGAUACAUCAUGUAUUGUUGAAAUUGAACCAAUAGAAUCUUUGGAAGAAAAAUAUUCUGAACGCAAUGCUAUAAAAUUACAGUACCUAUCAGAAUUGUUAAAUAAACCUACUCCUCAGGAUCCAGCUUACCAGAAUGACAACGUUAAUGAAUUUAUGGAAGAUUCUAUUUUAGGAGAUGAAGAGACAAUGAAAACACUCGAAAAUAGUAAAAGUUUGGAUGUUACAAUUACAGAAAACAAAUCAAUAAAAGACCAACCAUCUUCACCGACAAUCAUUAAUCAAGAUUUAUUCAAUCGUUUCGAAACUAUGAUAGAAAAUAAAGAAAUAAGUAGGUCUAGUGAAUUUGUAAUGAAAAUAUAUGAACUAUAUCAUGUUGGAACUGUUGAAGUUUGGCUAGUUCCACCAUAUGAUAUGCCACAACUUGAAGUUAAAGAAGACAACGAGCCACAGGAGAAGCAACCAGAAAUGCAAAAUCACAUUGGUGUACCUGCUUACAAACCGGACUUAAGAAGUGUUAGCAAUUAUGAAAACGUUAGACCACAUACAAAUAAGGAAUUCACACCACCUACAUCACCCAUAGCUCGACCCAAAUCUUCAUUUCCUCAAAUACGACGGCACAAAGCUUUUCCAGAUGACAGUGUUGGAUCAUAUCAGAAUCAAAAGUUGCAUAAUAUAGUUCGUUUAAAUACUGUUUGUGGUAUAGAAAUAGCUAAAGAAAAAUCUCCAUCUGGUGUGACAAUGGAAGAUUUCCCUUCAGAUCUAAAAUCCCCUUUGGCUACUUACGAUAUUAUGAUUGAUCCUGAUAUCGUUUCUAAUUAUUUAAGAGUAAUGCCAUUCAAACCAAAAACAAUAAAUAAUACUGAAAUGAUAAAGAUCGUUUAG